AUGCUUUUCGGUUGGAUGCGCAGGAUUGAUCCGGUUAGUUGGCUCGUCGGUACAAUGGUUGAGUGGUUGAGUGAGGCUGAAAACGUUUGGACUGUCAAGGUGACUGAUAUCACCCGCUUGAUUCAAGCUCUCUCGGAACAGGCCAGACGUGGAGCGGAAAUGGUUCAAGAACUGAAAGGCGCAGAAAAUCGUCUCAAGAAGUCGAUUCCGUCAAUGGAACUCGCCUUAAAUCGAGAUAUUGAUCAACUGAUCCGACGACUAGAAGAGUGUCGUGGACGCUUGCUGGAANUGCUGGAACAGCUCCGGGCUCGGAUGCAACAACGUGGACGUCAACUCCGAGAACAGUCCGUGCACAUGGGGACCCGGUUGUCUGCGACCACGAGUCUGCUCCAUUUCGGAGUCGAAUUGCUCAAAGAACCGGAUCCGGCUGCGUUCAUUCAGAUCUGUCCGGGACUUCGACGUCGUCUGACCUCUACUGAGGCCCAGUUCGUGCGGGAACUUCAACAACUGGCCGAACGAGGAGCACCAUCAGUCCCGGAAAUUUCCAGAUCCGAAAGUCUCGUGGAUGGAAAUGCCUUACAUGUGGUUUGGUAUAUGCACAAAAAUUUGGACCACAACGUGGGGACCGGUAUGGCCAGUGGCACGGGAUUCGUUUCGUCCAGUCAAAGUUUGGCUUCCAUCAGUCAUUUGUCCGCGGUGUUACCGUCAACCAUCUGUCAUCAUCAUCAUCAUUUAGAGGAAAAAAUAGGCUUGGUCAACCCCAGCUCCGUCUCAUCCAUAGCGGUUAACAAUAGCACGACGGUAGCUAUGUCGCAACCGUUCACACCGGAUUUGACUUCCGCCGUAUCGUCCACCUGGCAUCUAUCUCCCUGUCCGAGUAGAGCCUUGUCUACCUCUGGAUUGCAUAGCACAGGAAUGCGUUCAGUCAUGACUGGACCUCACGUGAGACCAAUUUUGGGCAACACUCAACCAUCCCCGUACAACCCGGUCACGGGACGUUAUCCGAUAUUUCCUGCUUCCAUCUCAGCGUAUCUUCUAUCCGAGAGGGACUCUGCGCAUGGCUAUUGUGAUCUAUAUGGAAAAGGACAGUCGGGUUUGACACGCCCGGGACAUGAAUAUCCCAGUGCAAUGGGUGGUGGUGUCUGCGGCGGUACAGGUGAAGGUGUUCCUGGUGCUGGUGCUGGUGCUGGUGGUGCGACAGUCACAUCACAAUCGAUGAGCACAUUACAACUGGGUGAAGAUGUUCCCUUAUCCCCAUGUCCAGCAUCCCCACCGCCAAUCAAUUUCUGUUCCACACAAACCGAAACUCGAGGUCCCAUCAAGUUCUUUCUGGAAGUAGACAACGGUCGAGGAGGACCGUUCAAGGUACAUCAAACGAAUUUCACGUUUCUGAAUCGUUUUCGAAUAUCCAUAUCCACGAACCUCGAAGGGGUUUUGAACCAAUUCACAGAGAUACGUCGCGCUGUAGAACAGCAUGCAUUCUACCAUCUGAACUACGACACUAAUCUGGGAAUGGGCAUUGAGCCACAUGUAUUUCGAUCAUCCGAGCGGUAA